AUAAAAAAAUGAAAUCAAUAGCUAUUUCAAGAAUCAACCACCGAAACAUUUUCAUUCUCAUCCUGAUAUGUUUGAUAGGACUUUAUGUCAUCACUUUGCUUCGACUGGAAAGUUUAAUAAAACAUCACAGUGGGAUCAGCUCAAUUCAUAACCUAUUCCAAAAAAUUGAGUUUGAUAUUAAUCACAUUGACAACAGCAAAAACAUGGCCUAUGAGGUAGACAGCAAAGAAAAAGUUAACAUGCAUGAAACAGUUGAACUUAAAGAAUUUUUUGAUCAUGGUGAUGAAGUGAACAAAAAGACAGUGCUUAAACUUACCCCAACAAUUCGAUCAUGUGAUGUUGUUAAGCCACAUCGUAAUUUUCCUUUGUGUGCUGAGAAAAUGGAGUACCUACAAGCAAUGUGGCCUGCAAAAUGUUUUCGUGAGAUUCAUGGUGUUGAUGGUAGUGCUUGUUCCAUUGUGGAUUAUUUAUCAAAGGUUGAACCAUUUUGUCCCAACUAUGAGAAAUACAAUCAUAAAAAGAUAAAAUAUGCAUCUCCAAGAUUUGAUAUUAAAGGGUUGUUAGAGUUAAUGCCUGGCCGGAAGUUUGAAUGGAUGAGACAGAGAGCUAAACAGCUUUGGCCUGAUUGGAUCAAAGCUGGCGAAAGGUUUGCAAAGUUGAAACAAAAAUGGAAGAAAAAAAGGGUUCUUGCAUUUAUGGGAUCAAUGGGAUUUCAACCUCACAUUAUGUUGAAUGCUGGUCAUGGUGGACCACUUGGUGAAUUAGUUCAAUGGACUGAUUUAAUAUCAAGUCUGUAUAUCCUGGGUUAUGAUGUAAAAGUGGUACUUAAUGGCUCAUUGCUAAUUGAUUUGUUAGAUAGAGACGAUAAAAAUAACUGUGCAUCUUCCACAAUACAAAAAGAUAAAGUGGAAACAAUAUAUACAGAUGUGAAUGGAGUUAUCAUACUUUCUAAUAAUAACGGUUUUGCAUCAACAGCAAAAUAUAGAUGCAUGAUUCGCGUAUUAGAUUCUUUUGGUACAUUUCCUGAAUAUAACUACCCAGCAUAUCCUCACGCCAUACCUGGCAACCGUUCAGAUUGGGCAAAUCAUAAUCUAAUUCCCACACAGUUUCUAACAUUAUAUCCUCACACCCAUGACAAUUACUUUCUUGGUUUUGUUGUUGGAAGUAGCAAAAAGAAUAAUAAAGAGGGACAAUGGAAACAGAAAAAGAAUAAAGCUUUGCUGUAUGCAAAACUCUCAAGUUAUUUUCAAGAAUACAUUGACUACCUUAAGAUAAUAAGUGAAUAUUUUGAACUUCAUGCUACAACAGUUAGUGAGACUCAGUUACCAUCAUUUAUUAUCAACCAUGGUCCUGUUUCUGGCUCGGAGGUUCAAAACUUACUAUCACAGUCAAAGCUUUUUGUUGGUGUGGGUUUUCCAUAUGAAGGACCUGGACCGAUGGAAGCUCUUGCAGCAGGGGCAGUGUUUAUGCAACCCAAGUAUGAUGAACCAAAGAAUAAAAUGAAUGACGCAUUUUUUAAGGAUAAACCAACCCUUAGGAAGUUGACUUCACAAAGUCCAUAUAUGGAAGAAUUCGUUGGCGAACCGUACUGUUACACGAUAGAUAUAAAAAACGAAACUUUACUUAGAUUAACUUUACAGAAAAUUAAAGAUAUGAAGCCCCUACCACCGAAGAUACCGAAGGAGUUCACAAAUGAAGGAAUGUUAGAAAGAGUACAUGUAUUUACAGAGCAUAUGAAUUAUUGUGAUGUCCAUGCUCCAAGAUGGCCACCAGUUAAUCAUCUAAAAACAUUUAUGUCCAGUGUUGGUCAAUCUUGUAAAGAUUUGUGCAUGUCAAAAGGUAUGAUUUGUGAGCGCACUUAUUUUGAUGAUAUCAACACACGAACAGUGAUUGAAAGAGUUGGAAACGUUAGUUGUCGUUCGAUUCGAACUGUCAACUUUCUCCACCCUCCAUCGUUCGAUCCAAUUUCAAACAUCUGUUUUCUGCAACAACAUGGUCAAUUAUUUAGUUGCAUGUACGAAAGCAACAAGUUCAGACGAUUAUGUCCCUGUAGAGAUUAUGAACUAGAACAGUCAUCAAUAUGCUCAGAUUGUUUAUAGGGAAUAAGAACAUAUCUAUAUUUAUUUACACGUACACUUUUCGUAAGCAAUAUACAGAAGACCCAACGUUAAGAAGAUAUAGAGUAUAAACAUAAAAAUAGUUACGUAUACAUACAUAAUAAAAUGGUUUAUUCUAGCAUAACCUUCCAAUGGUAUAAAUAUCUUCUAACAUGAAAGUAACCUGAAGUGAAUGGUUGGUGGAGAGACAUGACUGACAUGGUUUUGGUGUAAUAUUUUGUCAUAGAUAAAACAUUUCAACUUGAAGAAACUUGUACGAUUUUUUAAACUCCGUGGCGAUUAUGCUGACUGUGCUGGCUUUUUAUUUAGAAUUUAGGACAAUUUAUGCAGUUUUUACUGUGGUCCUAAUCUGCGUGUUUAACACGCGCAUAGGUUCAAUAGGUUUUCAUAUAGAAAUAUAUAUGGAUGGAAACUCGUGGAAGUACUGCCAAGGCAAAAAUUAAGGAAUUUAUGGAAAAAAGUUAUUUUUUUGUUUAGGUCAUGACUUGCAGUCAUCACGUGUUGGCGUUUUUUCCAUUGCAAUUUGUGCUUUUGUGGAAUCAGAAAAAAAGCCCAAAAAAUUCCUGAAUUUUUCUUUUUUAAAAAAAAAAUAGGUGGCCGCGCAUCCUUUUUUACGGUUUAGAAGUACUUGAUUUCGCGUAAAAGUUUUAAUCCUUGCACUACGUCCUAUGUGUAGUUUUGUGUAUACUUUCUACCCUGAAGUUUCUAUGUUAAAUAUAGUUGUCUUUUGUUUUGUAUUUAAUUUUUUUUGUUAGAUAUUAUGUGUUGUCUGUUUUAUUUAUUUUUUAGUUGCUUGACCCAACAAUUAAGGUGUUUGGAAAUUUAAACCUUAAACUUAUAGAACGUAUUUAUUUAUUUUUGAAGCUUUGUUUUUAUAAACAAUGCCGAAUUUAAACAAUCGCUUCAAAAGUGCCUGGAUAAUAACAAAUCGCCUAUAUGAAUUUACAACUGGUAAAAACUGUGUAUGCAUUUUUCGGGUCGUUUUUCUUAAUUAGCUGAACAAUACUUAGAGCGAAGUGCAAAAUAUCAAUUGUUUAUAAAAAAAAGAGUUCACACGCCAAAAUUUUCCACAUGUUUUACACUUUAGAUAAUAUAUUUUUUACUCACCACACGAACACAAAUUUCAUACGACUAUUUAAACAUAUUUUAUUUUCGUAGAGAAAUGGAGUGAAGUGUCUGUUAAUUACUACAUCUUUUUGAUCAAAGUUAUAAAAUAAUAGUUGUCAAGUUUAUUUUAUUGUGGGUUGCUCGGGUUAAUUUUUUUUGCAAAUAUAUUUAAUAUAUUUUUAUAUAUUUUUAAAUUUAUUAAUUUAUUUCAAAAUACUUUUAGCUUUUCGUAGUUUCUAUUAUUUUUUUUACCCUUUUCUCAUCUUGACUUGGUCUCUAAAUCCAAAUGUUUUCGUUAUUUUAUUUUUUUUUCAAAAUUAAAUUUUUUGCUUCUUGUUUUUGUGACCUCGUUGUGAAUUUGGAUUUAUCCUCAUCGUGAUACAUUUUAUUACAUUAUUAAAAAUAUCUUUUUUAAUUUUAAAUCUUGUAUAAUCAUAUAUACAAGGGAUAAUGAAUACAAAGAAAUGUCAAAUAGUAUAUUUGAAUCUAAUUUGAAGUAAUAGAAUUGGAGAAUUGUUUAA